AUGACAACAUCUACAAUCACUUCAAGCACUGGAGUUAAUGCUGUAGAUAAAUCAGACUCAGCCAGUAGUUCAAAUACCUCAGAUAACCGCAUUACAGUCGGCUCCAAUGCUGAAGGUGUCAAUGAUGGCAAUUCCACUACAAUGGAACAGACCAAACCCCGCAGUCUUCGCUUCACAUGGACAAUGAAAACCACAUCAACUAAGGAUCCUAUCAUUAUGCUGAAUGAAAUCAAGAAGGUUCUUGCCGAACAGAACUGCGAGUACGAACAACCGGAGACGUAUCUAUUGGUAUGUCGUCAUGGCGACCCUGAAGCAGACACCUGUGUCCAAUGGGAAAUGGAGGUUUGUAAACUCCCCCGACUGUCUAUGAAUGGUGUCCGUUUUAAGCGUAUCUCUGGUACAUCGAUUGGUUUUCGUAAUAUAGCAACGCGAGUUUCAGAUGCCCUGAAACUCUAA